GUCACUACGGAUGCUCCGUGGACGGUUGGUUGGUUCAUCAGUCUGAGGAAGUUAGUGAGGUUUGAUCCUGUAGUUCUCCAUCCCACACAGCAGUGGGAUGGAGGACUCCAGGAGGACUGGAGUGAAGUUCGCCAAUAAAUGCUGAAAGUAUUCCCUCCGAAGGGGCCAAUUUGGUUCAAGCCAGCAAGAAUCAAGUCUGGUGUAACGACAUAUUCUUCAUGACACUGUCCCAAAGAUGGAAUUUGUUGAAGAGAGUGGAGAGAUCAAUGAUGCUGAAUCAUGCGAAAUGAAUGAUGAACAAAGAGAACUGAUGGAAUCGAACGAGGAAAAUCAGGCACAGAAUGAAAUGGAGGAGAAUCAGUCUUCCAGGAACACCGCAGAAGGGAAAAGAGCAGCGUUUGGGAACAGAUUGAUCUUAUUUAACACACACACACACACACACACACACGAGCGAGGAAAUGCUGUCGAAAACAUGAUCUAGAGGGAAGGCCGUAACAGCAUCCGUGCUUCAGAUGCUCUCCUGUAUUUCUGAGAGUGGUGUGCUCGUGUAAUGUCUGGUUGAGUGCAUCAAUGCUGCUGCUGCUGUGUGGAUCUUUUCGGCUGUGGAAAAUAACUAGGCCUGAUCUCCACGAUCGAGGCUGUGUGUCUCAGCCUGUUGGGAACGAGCGGAGAAGAAGGGAGAAGCUCGCCAUCUGCUUUCCCGUUAGCAUGCACAAUAAAGACGUCCAUUACCAAAGGCCGUGCACAAACCGGCUGGAGCUUUAACAUUAGGAUGGUGUAGCCUAGAAUCUUCUUUUUAACCCCUUUAAAAACGCACGAAAUUGGCGCAACACUUUCUGCCUGGCUCAUCUAAGUCUUCCUUCUUUUUUUUUUUGGUUUUUUCGUGCAUCUUUCCACAAGACUUGGCUAAACCUGUUUCAUGCAUGUCCACUGGAGGCAGGUUUGACUUUGAUGAUGGGGGGUCGUACUGUGGAGGGUGGGAACAGGGCAAGGCUCACGGCCGAGGGGUUUGCACGGGCCCGCAGGGACAGGGGGAAUACGCCGGAGCCUGGAGCCAUGGGUUCGAAGUUCUCGGAGUUUACACUUGGCCCAGUGGGAACAGUUACAGAGGAACCUGGGCUCAGGGAAAGAGGCAUGGCAUUGGCGUGGAGAGCAAAGGGAGGUGGGAGUAUAAGGGCGAAUGGACACAGGGGUUCAAGGGAAGGUAUGGGAAGUUGGAAAGCACUAGUGGUUCCCGAUACGAAGGCACCUGGAGCAAUGGAUUACAAGAUGGAUAUGGGUCGGAGACCUACUCGGAUGGAGGCACAUACCAGGGCCAGUGGUUGAGCGGGAUGCGUCACGGUUAUGGAGUGAGACAGAGUGUGCCUUACGGCAUGGCAGCCAUCAUCUUCUCCCCGAUGUGCACCUCCAUAAACUCCCUACGAUCCGAUCACAGCGAGGGAGCCCCGACUCCAGAGGACGGCUCCGGUGUCAGUGGCGUAUCCGGCAGUCCGGUGGGGCGAAGUGGCUUCGUACUCUGUGCUCACAGUGAAGCCGACAGGCACAGAAAGAGGAAAGGCCGAUUCCGACAGUCUAUACUCAGUGGUCUAAAGCUGCGAAGGUCCGAGUCCAAAAGCUCUCUGGCGAGCCAGUUAAGCAAGCAGAGCUCGUUCUGUAGCGAGGCCGGUAUGAGCACCGUCAGCUCGGCCGCCUCAGAUAUCAACUCCAACAUCAGUUUAGGUGAAGCAGAGGCAGGGGGAAGCGUAGAUGCCACCGUCACCGAAACGUACGCUGGCGAGUGGAGGAACGACAUGCGAUCGGGUUGGGGUGUAAGUCACCGCUCGGAUGGGCUUCACUAUGAAGGUGAGUGGUUUGGGAACAAGCGGCACGGAUAUGGUUGCACCACCUUUCCUGAUGGAACCAAGGAAGAGGGCAAAUACAAGCAGAAUGUUCUGGUGAGUGGCAAGCGGAAAAACCUCAUCCCACUCCGGACCAGCAAGAUCCGGGAAAAGGUGGACCGCGCCGUGGAGGCGUCCGAGAAAGCUGCGGAUAUAGCCAAGCAGAAGGCAGAGAUCGCAUUGUCCAGGAUGAGCCACGCCCGAGGAAAGGCCGAGGCUGGAGAGGGAGUCGCACUGAGAGCCCUGGAGGAGUGCCGUCUGGCCCGGGCUAUAGCCAAAGAACUGUCCCCCUCUUUCCAUCACUAUGGGAACGGACUGGAGUGCCAGAGACCGAAGCAUAAGGACCGGAAAGAGAAUGACCUGGAGGGGGUCUCCACUGGGACGGACAGUCUUGAGCUCUGCACACCAGACACAACACCCCCGGCCCAAACGCCUGACCUGAGCCCGGUUCUGAGCAGCCCCCCCUCACCCCCCUGCAGUCCACCAACCCAUCGCACUAGGAACGCUUGUUUCAUGCGGCAAAGCGCUGUUGACGAACAAGGAGGGGCAGAGAUUCAGGUUCUAGUCGAAGGUAGAGGCAUGGACACCAUGAGAGCUGGGGCCAACAACUGGACUGCUGAGAUGUAUCCUCACAGAAGAGGGAGCAAAGGAGAAAGCAGUCGCUCCACAACGCCAUCCCUUCUGGAAGAGGAGAUCGGUCACAUAAAUGGACACGAGAACUCCUCGGCUCAUCACCCAUGGGAGAACGGCUCCUCGAAUCACAAGCCCAUUGAGCAUAUGGCCCCUGAGAAGGUCUGGGAUCAAAAGCCCUGGAAGAAGCAUGUUUCCUCAAAUCAAAAAUCCAAGGAACAUACGAUUUCCAGGAAACAAGAACGGGAGCAUAAACCAUCCAACCACAAGUCUGUUGAUUGCGACUCUUCCAAGUUCAAACCACAGGUGCACACAUACUCCAAUCACAAGUCCGCCGGUCAUAACUUGUCCAAUCACAAGACCAAUGAGCAUGCUUCCUCCAAUCACAAACCAAAGGAGUUUAUUUCUGCACACGAAAAACCACACGUUUCUUACCAUUAUAGCGCCCAAGAGCAUGUUUCCUCCUAUCACAAACAACACGAGCAUGCCCACUCCAACCACAAGCCAAGGAAGUCCUUUACUAAUCAUACGAUUGGUGAGUCUAGCUUGAAUGCAUACCAGCUGUCAGAUCGUGAAGCCAACAACUCCACUCUGGAAUGGACUGUUGAAAACAAUUCCCAGUGGAUCUCUUCCCAUUCACAUCUGCAGGAGAAAGAAGGGGAAAGUGAUUAUCGGGUUGACAUGAGGUUCCAGCCCCUAGACUCCGUUUCCCAACAGGACUUUGGCUCUGGCACCAAAUGCUCGGGUCCCCAAGGGCACAAUUUGCAGAGACUACGUCAACGAAACCACGAAGGCAAAGAAUGGGGUCUUGCUGCCAGGGAAGGUUCGAUGGACUCUGUGCAGAUGCUCGACACCUUGAAUGUUGGGGUUGACGUGGAGGAAUGGCCUUUGCACAGGGACAUUACUCUGUCACCCCCUUUAACGUCUUCUCCAGAACCACUGGACCAAGAACUAGAGCAUCUGAACCUGAUAAAGGCAAACUCAGGCUCCAGCUCUAUCCUGGUGGUCUUGGUGAUAUUACUCAACAUCGGUGUAGCCAUUUUGUUCAUUCAUUUCUUUAUUUAAUCAAAUGGCCUAUAGAAUGUCAAUAACAGCAUUGAUCAAGAGUAAGAUAUGCACACUUAGCACCACUUCUUAAUGUAAGGAAUCCAAAAAUUACAGUAGUAAAUAUCUGUGUAAGUUGGGCAAGUCCAUGUAAAUUGUAAACUUCUUUUAUGGUUCGAUUUAUUAUAUAAUUCCAUUAUAAUCCAUUAGUUAACUUUGCUUACUUUUUUCCUCCAUUCAUUCACAAUAAAGGUCCAUUUACAAUAUUCUGUAGAACUAUUACGCACAUUUAGGUUUUUACAAUACGGCUCGUCUGAUAUGAUUUACACAGGUUAUUUCACUUUUUUUUCUUUUCAAAUGCACAUCAGGCCUGAGACAUUAUUGAGUAGCGCGAUUUUGAAGAUUAAAGACGGUCUUGUGGUUUUAUGUACUAUGAUAUAGUUGAUGUAAGGUGCAGUUCACACUAAUAUAUAACCACCCUCCACUGUAUUCCAGGGUACAGCCCUUUAUGAUCGCUGCAUACACUCAUCGCAUCAUCCAUUUAAACGACCUUUUCAUCUACACACCCAGAUUUGACACACACUUAGCUAUCUUCAAGGGCUUCAUCAUUCUCAUUCAACUCACACACUUUUAAUCAGACAAGCCUGCAGAACGCUUUCCACGCUCACAACAAUCACUGAAUUUCAGCACAAUCCAGUCGUGUAGUUCGUUUUUCGAUGCACCGAAAACACAUUCACCAUUGACACAAUGCUAAAGCAACUUGUGUGUUUUUCUCGUACACCACAUGAUGUCACAUCUGCUAUAUGACAUAAAAGUACAACAGAGGUGCAGCAGUGGUUGAGUAAUCCGGCUAAUACUCGAUAAAGUUUAGACUGUUUUCAAUGUAUUAUUCUAUACUACUGAACGUAUUUUAACGAGUUUGCAAGAUAUCAUUGAUAUGCUGAGUGCCUUUUUUAAUUGAGAAACCAUCCCAGCGAGCAGGUUAUGUACUACUACAGGCGACCGCUCUUACAGAGGUCACGUGAAACGGUUCGUCUCUAUCCCACCUAACCUUUGAACAAAUCAAGUUUUGGCUUAAGAACUGAUCCUAAGCCUGUGGAGAUUUUUACAGCAUGUUUGUUAGCCUGUUCUCUUCUGCUGUUACUCUGUGUGAUUUUCUGCCUGUCUCUCUGUCCAGCAACGUAGAUAACAAUUGGGACUGAAAGCAGUGUAAAAAUACCAGCUUAUGUUUCUCAGUGGGACCUGACUGACAUUAUCUAAAUUAAUGAAUGAUAAACUGCUAUUGUAUAUUUUAUACUACUCAUCCAGUGAUAUCAUGUUGUGAGAUCAUUGCAUGCCUAAGCAUGCCCUUUCUUACGCAAUGAUUUAUGAGAUUGUUUCCAAGUUAUGUGGAAAAUUAAUAAAAUGUUUGAGGUUA